AUGGCUGAGAGAUUCUGGCAGGUCGCAUUUGCGGGGAAUAAUAAUCGGGCAAUUCUCCGGGGUCGGAAUGGGGCUUGGAAAGAAGGUUCAACAGGGAUCAAUACAACUUGGCAAUGCACGCCGCUGUCCGUGCAGUGUUCAGAGCCAGAUCAGGUCGAGCUAGACGAAGAGCCCCGGCUAAACAAGAGCAGCGGCGUGUUGGACAAGCAUUCACAUUCCUCGGCAACUUGGACUACAGUUCCGUGUAUGCGGAUAGGGAUAUCUUCGGGAGUAUCGCGCUGGAAAGCAGGCACUGUGCAUUUGCGCGACAUGUUAGCCUUGUAUGUUCUACAGAGUCAGCCGUACCAGUGUACUGAAGAGUUUAGCAGCGUCGUAAUAAGCACUUGGGCUAUACAAGUCUACCUGAAACCCUCUAAUGUUGGCUUCUCAAGCUUCCCUAGUGGCCUCCAUGUGGUCGAAGUGACUCCGCAGUGGCUGGCGAGGGUGGGGGAAAUUACGUCACUUCUAUUCAUGUACCCCAGACUCAAUUGUUGGCAGUAA